AUGUCUAAGUCAGAGUCACCCAAAGAGCCCGAACAGCUGCGGAAGGUCUUCAUCGGAGGUUUGAGCUUUGAAACAACAGAUGGGAGUCUGAGGAGCCAUUUUGAGCAGUGGGGAACGCUCACAGAUUGUGUGGUAAUGAGGGAUCCAAACACCAAACACUCCAGAGGCUUCGGGUUUGUCGCAUAUGCCACUGUGGAGGAGGUGGAUGCGGCCAUGAAUGCAAGGCCACACAAGGUGGAUGGAAGAGUUGUGGAACCAGAGAGGGCCGUCUCAAGAGAAGAUUCUCAAAGACCUGGUGCCCACUUAACUGUGAAAAAGAUUUUUGUUGGUGGCAUUAAAGAAGACACUGAAGAACAUCAUCUAAGAGAUUAUUUUGAACAGUGUGGGAAAAUUGAAGUGAUUGAAAUCAUGACUGAUCGAGGCAGUGGCAAAAAGAGAGGCUUUGCUUUCGUAACCUUUGAUGACCAUGACUCUGUAGACAAGAUUGUCAUUCAGAAAUACCACACUGUGAAUGGCCACAACUGUGAAGUAAGGAAAGCCCUAUCUAAGCAAGAGAUGGCUAGUGCCUCAUCCAGCCAAAGAGGUCGAAGUGGUUCUGGAAACUUUGGUGGUGGUCGUGGAGGUGGUUUUGGUGGGAAUGACAACUAUGGUCGUGGAGGAAACUUCAGUGGUUGAGGUGGCUUUGGUGGCAGCCGCGGUGGUGGAG